CGACACCACCCCCCUCUCGCUGCACCACCCAUGGCUGCACGAAAGCUACAAACGGAAAUCGACCGAACAUUAAAGAAGGUCUCGGAGGGCGUCGAGCUCUUCGAGAGCAUCUACGACAAGAUGCAGGCCUGCACGAACCAGACGCAGAAGGAGAAACUGGAGACGGACCUCAAGACGCAGAUUAAGAAGUUGCAGCGGUUACGGGACCAGAUCAAGACCUGGGUGGCCUCGAAUGAUAUCAAGGACAAGACGCAGCUGCUCGAGAACCGACGGCUCAUCGAGACACAAAUGGAAAAGUUCAAGGCCUGCGAGAAGGAGAUGAAGACGAAGGCGUUCUCGAAAGGUGGGCUGCUCCAGUCAGCCAAGCUCGACCCGAAAGCGCAGGAGAAAAUGCAGACGACUGCAUGGCUCCAGGAUUGCGUCGAGAACUUGCUCCUCCAGGUCGAGGCAUCAGAAGCAGAGAUUGAGACGCUGCAGGCUGGGGGGAGAAAGAAGAACAAGGCUGGCUCGGAACGCGCGGAGGAGCUGGAUCAGCUGAAUACGAGGAGAAAGUGGCAUAUUAGUCGGCUGGAGAUCAUGCUGCGGUUACUCGACAAUGGGACAAUCAAUUCGGAGCAAGCACUUGAGCUCAAGGAGGAUAUCAACUACUAUGUCGAGGACAACGCGGCGGACGACUAUAACGAGGAUGAGGGCAUGUAUGAUGAACUCAACCUCGACGAGGAGGAAGAGAAGUUCGGUCUCGUGGCAGACGAACGAGAUUCAGACGAGUCGGAAGAUGAGAGCGAAGACCUACCACCUCGGACACCGUCAAAGAAACACGACGAAGAAAGCGUAUCGAGUAGUAAACGAGACGACAGUCCUAUACUUAAGAAGGCAGGCGUCACAUUACAACUACGGAAACACUCGACGGCAACAGAAGCACCGAAACCACCACCAAAUCCGAACUUCGCUCAACAACCAAUGGCAAGCAUCCUCAAGGCCGGUCUUCCUUCAUCGUCGUCACAGCCAUCAACAACACGAGCACCCCCACCGCAACUUCCACCAAUACGAUAUGCCGCAGCAGCAGCAGCAGCCGUCACGCCCUCAACAAGUGCCCAAUCCGUCACCACCAACACAACAUCGACGACGACACAUUCUUCACCACAGAAUAUCGCAUCGCCACACGAAACAUCGGAAGACAAGGCAACAUCGUCAUUAUCGUCACCACAGGCAAAUAGGACGCUCAGCCAGGACACGUAUAAUGCAGUGCUCAGUUCACCGAGCUUGACACAUCCGUCGACGAAUAGCCCGCUGCUUUCAUCGACUUCUGCACAGAUGCCGGAUGGGUCGACAUCGUUCGAUUCGCCAGUGAUGUCUGAGGCAGCAGAGAGUAUUGUGAUUGGGUCUGGGUCGGUUUCUGCGUCAGCUGCAGGAGAAGCUACAUCUUCGCCACAAGUAACACAGUCACCACAUGCAUCGCAAAUACUUGCAGACGGACACGCACAAGCACCGCAACCACACACGAACGGGACGUCAACCACCACGAGCACAACACCAGCCACAGCAGCACAGGCUGCCGUCGCACCUUCACCCAUGCCACAACAGGUCCAACCCUCGUCGUAUCCUAUCGGUGGCCCACCCGGUGUUCCUCCCCCCAGCGCCGUCAACGCAACCGCCACUUCAAAUACUUCGUCGCCUUUGCCUUCGGCUCAACAGCCAACACAAGCGCAGCCACAGCAAGGAACAGUGCCACAGUUCCCUCCUGGUGUCAAGGUGGCCGCCGGUUCGGAGGCACAAGCACAGACACAACAAUCUCGACCACAACCACAACAACCGAUGGCUCAACCACCCCAGCAGCUCCCUCCGGGUGUUUUGGCAGCGGCAGCAGGACACAGGCCACCCAGCGCGGUUCCUACACCGGGGAUGACGCCGGAUAGGAUCCCGCCGAGGAGUAGCUCGACGGCGUUCCCAGCUGGGUUGUCAGAUCUUGUGGCAUCGUUUGAGAGCGUGAAGCAGAAGGCUCCCCAUCGGAUGACGAACUUGGACCAGGUACACAAGUUGCUCGAGGGCGGAUACUCAGGGUUGCCGCAACCACAAGAUACUGCAAAGCCCAAGUACUAUGUGCCACGGAAUCCUUACCAGACGCCGUCAUAUUACCCUCAGUCGCCCAACCCUGUGCUCAGCUCGGCAGGCCUGUUCUCUCAGUUAGACGUCGAGACACUGUUUUAUGUCUUCUACUUCCUUCCUGGGACAUAUCAGCAGUACCUCGCCGCCAAGGAGCUCAAGCGCCAGUCGUGGCGAUUCCACGUGAAAUACCUCACCUGGUUCCAACGCCACUCUGAGCCGCAGGCAAUCACGGAAGAAUACGAGCAGGGCGUGUAUGUGUAUUUCGAUUGGGAGGGCUCGUGGUGUCAGAGGAAGAAGAGCGAUUUCAGGUUCGAGUAUCGUUACCUGUCAGAGGAUUGAACGAGUCGAUCGUUCUCUCGCUUUGAACUGUUCGAAACCACCGUCAUCGUUACGGUGCUGUAGGGGACAGAAGUACGGACAUGAAGAUAUCAUCUGCAUCUGCAUCGGCAUUGGCAUUGUAUUCCUUUUUUUCUCUUCUCUUUUCCAGUCUCAAAGUGUCUCGCUUGUUAUGAUAGCCUCGUUGCCAUUUGCACUGCCCCCCUCCUUUUUUGCCACCUUGUUUAUUGUCUUGUCUUCUCGCCUCUUUUCUCGCUCGAACUCGAACUCGAACCCACUCAAUAUCAAUACUCAAUCAGCUUCGUUUGACUGAAACCAUCCGUCCGCCUCUCAUUUGUGACUUUGUUUUAUUUUAGUUUUUUCCUCGUGUCUCGUCCGUCCUGAAGGUACUUAUGUCUUGAAGCUCGCAGGAGCUUGAUGUUGAUAAUCAUCAUCCUGCAUAUUGCAGUUGCACUUACACCGC